AUGCCUCUAGAAAACAACUCCCAAUCCUCCGGCGUGACAGGCGCCGCUAAGUUCGUCACCAGCACCGUGGGUAACGUAGCGGGCGGCGUGGGCCGGACGACGGGCAACGUCGUCGGCGCCGCGGGCCGCGGGCUCGGCGACACCGUGACGAGCGCCACGGGAUCCACCGGCAAGCCCGUCGGCGACGCCCUGGGAUCCGUCAGCACGGGGGUCCAGAACGGCGCCGAGAGCGUGUCGAAGGGGGUUGAGAACGCGGGGCAGUGGAAGCGUUUAGAUGCGCAUGGGAAAGGUACGAUGGGUGGCUAA